GUUUUCUGGAUUGAUUACGAUUCAGUUUGCCAUUUCUUCGAUGUAUUCUAUGUUAAUUGGGACCCACAUAUAUUUCCAUUUUCGUAUUGUUUACAUGCACAAUGGUCGGCAGGUAAGGGACCGGUGAAAGAUCUGUACACAGUUGCAGAAAAUCCACAGUAUUCUUUAGAAUUAAACAACAAGUCUGGUACUUGCUCUGUUUGGAUUCUUCUGUCUCGUCAUAUAACUGACAGAGAGGACUUUGCAAACAAUAAAGAAUUUAUAACCGUCAUUGUUUACAAGUCGGGCAAGAAAAUCUAUUUUCCAGCCGAUCCGAAACCAAUUAUGGAUCCUAUCCGCAUUAAUAGUCCUCAUUUCCUUUGCCAGUUUCUUGUCAAGGAACCCGGUAUUCAAAAGUACACAUUAGUAGUUGCUCAGUAUGAGAAAACGAAUACUAUAUACUACACUCUUCGUGUAUAUUCGACGGCAGAAUUCAAACUUAAGAAAAUGAAAGUGCCAUAUACAGUGCAUAAAAGGGAAUGUGGCGAAUGGAAAGGAAGAACUGCUGGUGGAUGUGGUAACGGACUAAGUAGAGAAACAUACAAGAAUAACCCUAUAUAUCAUGUCUCGUUGGAUGAUGGCAGUGAUGAUAAUAGCUUGUUAAUUGAGCUCAAAGGCCCUAAAAACUUCAGUAUAGGAUUUGAAGUGAAGCAAGUAUCGUCCGCUAGGCAAAAGAAUUUUGAAAAGAAAGAUUCGGGAGCGUUUAGGCCUGGGUAUACAAUACUGGCACUGGAGUCCGUUCCCGCGGGAGUGUACAGUAUUCAGCCUAUGACAUUUAUACAAGGUCAGGAAGGUCCGUUCUUCCUGACAGUUGAAAGUUCUUGUGGAUUCACUAUGAAGAGAACUCAGUAAUU